GGCGAUUCCUUCGUGUCAAUCUUGACCUUUCCGUAACCUUUUUCCGCCUCUGGCCUUCUUCUUUUUUACGUGCCAUAGUGGAAGGGCAUGAUGUUUUUGUUUCUGUUAUCUUUAUGACUGUAUUAUUUCUAACUAAACAUGCUCAAGAUGGUUUUCACCGCCUACUAUAGGCGAUUACGCUCAUUCUACCUAUUCUUUAUUCUUCUUGCUAUUGCAUUACUUUUCCUCAGCAGCCGUGAGAGUACCAGGUCUAUGCUACUUGGGAAGGACUGGCAGAACCUUUUCACGACGGAUGACGACCUGUUAUGGUGGAAUGACCGUUUCCCAUGUGAGAAGCAUGAGCCAAUACGUAUCGCUAUUGUCGAGUCUGCCGGCGUCCAUGAUGAAGUGACGGCAGCGUUGGUAUACGCAUUUGGUGGACACCCGAACGCAGAGCUGAGACUCUACUUUGCCAAACAGCGCUACCAGUCUGAUGUUAUCGUCAACGACCUGGAGCUGGAAACGCCCAUUAUGUCGGUCAACAGCUCCAACUACUUCAAGAGGGACGUCGCGAAUCUUCCUCCUCCCCACUUCGUUGUCUCAACGACUUGCGAGCUGGAUCUUGAGAAGCCAGAGUCCGUAGUAGCUCCUCUUCGACACCUCCUGUUUAACGAGACAACACAUUUGUUCUGCCUGGUCCACCACGCCGACUACUGGAACAAAGGCAAACAUGUCGACGUUGUUAGAGAAUGGGUCGACAGGGAGCGAGUUGAUUUCAUCGGCCUCAGCCAGCACACGGUUGAUUAUCUUCUGCAAAAAUCAGUACCCCAGUGGCAAAACUUGCAGGCAAGUGUCACGGCACGAACAUUUCCCCCAAUUUUCCCAGUCAACCAGACACACAACGAAACUUUGCGGGAGAUUUCACUCGCUAUGCAAGGAGAUUAUGCUCCCGAGCGCCGAGACUACAAUCGAAUCUUCGGCAGCCUGGACAACGUCGUGAAGAAGAUUAACGAAAGCGCUGCUACAAACAGCGAGCACGUCGAUGAGACGGUCAAACUACACUUGAUCGGACAUGGUCCACACGUCAAGGUGCCUGAAAACAUCCAGGCCAAUGUUGCAUUUGACGAGGAUCUUUCGUAUCCCGACUUUUACAGACUACUGUCACAAUCAUACGCAGUUAUUCCUGCAUUUGCAUCUGACACCUACCUCGACCGCAAGGCCUCUUCUACAGUCCCCGCUUCACUUAUUGCGGGAGUUCCUUUGGUGGCGAGCGAAAAGCUUCUCGCCUCCUAUUCAUAUUUGCCCCGUGAGGCAGCCUGGCUUUCAGAGCCAGACGAAAGGGAGAUGGAAACGGUCGAAAGGGUGGUUGGUGAUAGGAAAGCCUUCUUGGAGAAGAAAGAGGCCGUCAAGGAGGCCGCCAAGAAAAUAAUGAAACAGAACCGGUUGAACGUGAGGAAAUGGAUGGAUGAGGAUUUCAGAAAGAGUGGGAUUGUCCCGGCGGACGUUGGCUCGGCAUGAUGACGGCCCUACAAGCGAUUUCUACAGCAUUACAUUUUCGAUAAUUUCGGUCUUUGGGGUGGGCUUUUCUUAUCAUGUAUGGAUUACGUAGCAUUUUUUUGCAUUAGACUUACGAGAGAUGGCCUCUCUGGUUUUUUUUUUCCUUCUCUUCGAUACUUCUUCAUAUGAAGCCACUUCUUCUAGCUCCGCAAAACUAUGGGAGCAGGAAUAGUCUCUCUUUGGUUUUUAUUCCCUCUGUAUUUGCU